UGCAGUGGAUGAAAAACAAAACAAAAUAAAACAUAAAAAAAAAAAAAAGAGAGAAAAUGGGUGAUGAAGAAGAAGUUGAAGUGAUCUCUAAGAGCAUAGUUCGACCCGAGAGCUACAACGAGGAUUCGGAUCGGGUUAAGAUCCAUCUUACUCCAUGGGAUCUCUUAUUUCUUGGAUCCGAAUACUCACAAAAAGGUCUCCUCUUUCCUCAACCCGACCCGGAAACCAACGUCAUCUCUAGGUUAAAAUCCUCUCUCUCCAUCGCUUUGAAGAUCUUCUACCCAUUCGCCGGUCGUCUCGUGAAAAUCGAAAACGACGACGAUGGAACGUCGUCGUGUUACAUCGACUGUAAUGGUUCAGGUGUAAGAUUCGUCCACGCUUCAGCUAGCUCUAUUUCCGUGACUGAUGUUUUAGAACCUGUCGAUGGUACUGUCCCUGAGUUCUUGAAACGUUUUUUCCCGUGCAACGGUGUGAAAAGCCUUGAAGGCAUCUCUGACUCACUGAUCGCGAUUCAAGUAACGGAACUUAAAGAUGGAGUUUUCAUCGGCGUUGGUUAUAGCCACCUUGUUACCGAUGGAACUUUGAUUUGGAACUUCUCCAAUAUUUGGUCGGAGAUUUGCUUUAACGGCUCCGAUCAUCGGAGAAAGUUUCCUCCUCUGGUUCACCGUGGAUGGUUUCUAGACGGGAUUGAGUAUCCGAUUCGCAUGCCGGCCUCUGUGACGACUGAGACACCGAACCUUGAUGGUACUUCAUCGUCGAUACUACUACAAGAGAAGAUCUUUCGUUUCACGAGUGAAAACAUUUCUGAGCUCAAAGCCAAAGCCAACGGUGAGGUUAGUCCCGAUGACCGGAAAAUCUCCUCGCUUCAAGCGGUUUCGGCGUAUAUGUGGCGGUCGAUAGUUAGAAACAGUGGUUUGAGUCCGGAAGAAGUGAUUUGUUGCGGGUUAAUGGUGGAUCUGAGACGAAGGCUAGACCCUCCACUUGAGAAGGAUUGUUGCGGGAAUAUGGUCGGGACCGCUAUUACGACGACCACCGUCGGGGAGAUGUUUAACAAUGGCCUUGGUUGGGCUGCUCUGAAAAUAAACAAAAGUGUUGCUUCGCAAACGAAUGAAGAGUUCAGAGAGUUUGCUGCGGAUUGGGUCAAGAACCCGAGUUUACUAGAUGUCAAUACUUUGACCAAUACUAUAGCCGUUACUAGCUCUCCUCGGUUCAAUGUGUAUGGAAAUGAUUUCGGUUGGGGUAAACCUAUCGCGGCUCGAGCUGGAACAGGGAUUACUCAUGAUGGCAAACUCGUUGCUUAUCCGGGAAUCGAACCUGGAAACAUCGAGAUUCAGACGUGUUUAUCCUCUAGUGUUUUGGCUAAGUUAUCCACUGAUGCUGAGUUUUUGAAACAUGCAUGUGUUGUUUAAGUAUAAUAAUCAUCCAAAUUAUAUGUAUCUUUUUUUUUUUGCGUCAACUCAAAUGUA